AUUAUUAGAUAGGUAGGUAGCUAAGGAAGUAGAUAGUAAAGUAAAUGUAAUAGACAAUAAACAGACAUAUACAACUAAAAAUUGAUCAUUUACCCUGUAAGGAUAUUUUUGAAUAUGAUCAACAACAACAAAAUUUCCCCAUUUAAAUUCACUGUUUCAUUUGGUUGGUUUAUUUAUGUAUAUCUAAUCACAGUCUUGUUAGAAUAAAUCAGAAUCUUGUUGUGUGUAUAUGCACACAACGGAAUAGCCAUUAACCGCCUACCUCUUUUUUCUAAAAAAAAUUUUCCUAUUAAAUAACAAAACUAAAAUACAAAUGAAAUUUGAACAAUAUGGUAAAUUUUGAAGGACAAUCUCUCAAUGACCUUGAUUAAUUUUGUCUAUUCUAUAUUACUGUUGACAUAUUCUAUCCUAGUCAAUAAUAACUUAUCAUUUAUUUAAAACAUUCAUUGUAUCUGCAUUAAACACAAUAAUAAUAAUAAUCAUUGUAAGGAUUUAUAAAUAAAGGUAAGUAAAUAUAUUAUAGAUUCUUUGUUUCUAGUCAAUCAUAUUUACCUUUCAACGAAUGUUAAUUAUCAUCAUUUAUACUAUUAUCUAUGAUAUUUAAGUAGUCUCAAAAAAUUUAAGAAAAAUAAUUAAUACCCGUUUUUAAGAAAAAAAUAUUGAUUAGUUCUCUAAAUAAUUAAAUUAUUUUUCAGAAAAAACAAGAUCUAAUGUAAUUUCAUGAAGUAUAAUAUUCAUUUAUAUUCAUUUCUAUAAACUGGCAGUUUGUUUCAUCGUACUUGUGUGUACAAUAGGUUUAUGGAAAUAUUGUGAAUGAACAUUACCUGAAUGGGGAUUGGUUUAAUUAACAGGUUGUCGCAAGUCGAUACUUCCAUAAUAACCUUACAUUUUCAGUUGUAAAAAUGAUGUUAUAGUUAGAGAAGAUAUAUACUUCAAUAUAUUUACACUUGAAUAAUACUAUUGCUUCAGUUAAAAUUGUAUUAUUCAUCAUUUCUGGAGUAUUACACAUGAAUUUUCAAUGAAUAUAAGAAUUGAAUUGAUUCAAACACCAUACUCAGUAGAAAACAACGAUGAUAAAACACUGGAUAAGCUAUUUUGAGGUCUAGUUGUUGUUAAUGUUUUACUUUACAAUGGAAUUAUUCGAACAUCAAUGGUGUUGGAGAUUAGUUAGAAAAUGAAAUUGGUGUUUGUUAAUAGGCUUUUACAUUUGAGUCGAGAGAUUGAAUCUCUGAAGAUAUCACAUUUUGUAGAUACAUUUCAUUGCAAUAAUCUGUCAGACUAAACUCUUAAUACUUAAUCUUUUAUAGAAGAGCUCAAAUAACAACGAAUAUGUGGUGUUGUGAGAUUAGUUUCUUUGACAAACUUUGUAAAACAAUAACAACGAACAAUAUAGUAUGAAAUGAAUACAUUUGGUUACUUUGUUUGUCCCAAAUCUUCUAUAUACUCACUGAUGUGCAUAAAUAAAUAAAAGGUUAUACACAUUGAAAAUCAGAAACAUUGAUCCGUUUUUAGUAGAGAUAUACAUAUUUUUUCUGUAUUUUUUUAGUAUUUUUUUAUAUGUCUAUUGUAGAUUGUGUUUACAGUUGCAUUUGUUAAAACACACAAUAGUAAAACAUAUAGUUCAAGUAUUACAUAACAGUAUUGCUUAUAAUACCCUUAAAUUUAGUAACCAUCCGUUUUUACAACUAAACACAUAAUAUCUACUACCAAAGGGCAUGUUUUUUUCGAAGAUUUUCUGAAAAAAAGAUAAUCUAUGAUGCUACUCAUCAGUGAAGUUACUCAUUAGAAUGAGAUCAUGAUUAAAGAUGAAAAAAUAUUAAUUUUCCAUAAUACAAGUAAAUUUAUUUGCAUUACUUUUAAGAAAAUACUACAUUCAGUAGACAAUAUUGUAUCAUGAGUAAAGGUAAUUAAUUUCUAUAUCAUGCUUCAUUUGGAUGUUUGGUAGUGACUUUUCAAUAUCUACUCUUCAGCAGGCUAUUAAAAGCUGAAUAACCAAGUUAUGUUAUAUAAUUUCAUGAUUUUCUCCAUCGUCUCAUACUGCAGUGGACAUGGAGUCGAGUGGGGACAAUCAAAUGUACUUAUAUACAGAGUUGCAGAAUGUCUUAGUAAAAUAUGAGAAUCACACUGAAUACUUCAUUUGCGAGUUUCCGUCAUCUUUUCUUCACAUUUCGUAUUAUUCUUCAAGUUCACAAUUCCUUUCUAUUUUCGCUUCUAUCCUCUUCAACUCGAGCUUCUCAGCCUUUUGCUGCCAGGGUUUCCACUUUCAAUUAGUGUUACAUUCUACUUAUGUCUGUGGACAUAAGUAUCAUACACCAUAAUUUAAGAAGUAAAUCAUUGUGGUUCUAUAAAACUCCGCUGGAUUGCACUGCUAAGUAUGGUUUUUCACUUUCUUACCCUCUUCUUUAUUUUGGGUUUCCUUUUGCUUGUAAUCAAUAAAUCAUCUUAAUAUAUUUUGAAGCAAACAGUAUUUCAUGAUCUCCACAAAAAUGCCAUGGAGCACAAUGUAUCCGCUCAAAUAAAAAUAAUGUUAAGCAACUAUCAUCUAAAGAUUGUCGUUUAGAUAAAGAAUUUUUUAAUGCUCAUUUAAUAAAUUAUUGGGCUUUCAAACCAUAUUUAGCUUAUAAGUGCUUGUGCUUUGAACUUAUUAAACUGAAGUAGUUUAUGAAUUCUUAAUACAAAAAAAACUCUUGUGGAUUGUUGCUAUCAAUAUGCAAAUACAACACCUACAAUUAGUCGAUUACUCAAAAAUGAACACAAAUCUCAAUUAUCUGAUCUUCGGAGAAAUCAGGACUUAGUGUUAUGUCGUCCAGACAAGGGUGCAGGAAUUGUCCUUAUGGAUCGCCUUGACUAUAUCUCCAAAAUAUCUUCGAUAUUAUCUGAUCCUGUCAAAUUCCCCAAAGAAACCGUUCGAAGAAGACACAACUGAAAAAAACUGAACAGAUGCUGAUUAAAAUCCUACGGAAAAUGAAAGAUGAGUCUAUUAUCAAUUGUGACCUCCAUGAACAUCUCAAACCAUCGGGUACCGUUAUACUAAGACUAUAUGGACUCCCAAAAGUUCAUAAGAAUAAUGUCCCUCUACAUCCCAUACUUGAUAUGAACAACUUUCCUUAUCACUUGAUCGCUAAAUGACAUCAUUCUACAUUCUCGCAUACAAUGAAUAAAUUUAAAGCGAUGGAUAAAGCGAACAAUCCCCAGGGUGCAAAACCAAAUUUCGCAUCCGGUGGAAAAGGAGCACAACCUAAUGCAAAACAGAUUAUGCUUGAUUGGUGUAAAGCUGUAACUAAAGGAUAUGAGGGUGUGGACAUACAAAAUUUCGGAAGUAGUUGGGGUGAUGGUUUAGCAUUUUGUGCAUUAAUUCAUCACUUUUAUCCUGAUUCAUUUGAUUUCUCUACAUUGGAUCCAAAAAAUAAACGAGCAAAUUUUGAAUUGGCAUUUGAAAAAGCUGAGAAACUUGGCAAUGUUUCUCCGUUACUUGACAUUGAGGAUUUAAUGCGUAUGAAAGUACCUGACUGGAAAUGUGUCUUUACACAAAUUCAAUUGUAUUACCGGCGUUUCCAUUUGGAAGAAGGUAAAAAUGCAACUGUUCCUCCAACUGGUAUCCUUCCUAAAGCUGCCCCGAAAUCAGAGAAUACGGAUGAAUAGUAUUCUGUAUAUAAGUAAUCUGUACGACCAGUCAUAUAUAUAUAUAUAUAUAUAUAUAUAUAUUUCAAUUCAUGGGGAUGCACGAGAGAUGUGAAAAUAAAAUGUUUAAUUCGAAUGCUUGCUUUUAAUGAAAGCUUUGCCUUUUUGAAAGCCUAAUUCACUAGUCUGCUUUAUCACCCCAGUCAUUGUUCAAUUUUAAUCGACGGAUGCUUACCACACUAAACAUAUACAUAUAUUUGAUUUUUCGGUUCAGUAAACAAUGCAUUUUAUCUCAUUACCAUCUAUCUCAUCAUAAUGUAAAGUACUUAGCGACAUCACAAUCAUUUUUUGCUAUAACCUAUAAAAUUAGCUAGUUUAUUUUUAAUGCUAUUUUUCUUUUGAUUUCAUUUGACUCUAUAUUAGCAAGAUUACACUGAUUUUUCAUUGAAACUUUAGAGAAUAGGCUUAUCUAUGACUUUAUAUUGCAACAUUUAUCUUUCAUAAUUUUGAUUCAGAAAAAUGAAAUCACAUCAAAUUAUUUUUAUUUCUUCAUUAUUAAAUUUUUUCUAAUUUCAUUUGCUAAAUAUAUAUAUAUAUAU